AUGAGCGGCCUAGUCGACAUAAAAUAUUGCAUUAAAAUUUUUAUUAAUCUCCUGAAUUCUGUUGGAUUCUCAGAACUGGAAGCAGAAAGUGUCCGGUUGGCUAAGUUUGAUGACAUACGUGCAUUACAUCCGAUCAAGCGGCUUGUAUUUGAACUUAUAUAUUUUAUCAAAUAUGGGUGUGUGGAUGAAUUGUGUUCUGAGGGUUUCGAAAAAUUUUCGGACAAUGAAAUCCAUCGGUUUAUAUUUCAAAGUUUGUUGACAUAUGGAUUUCCUUUAAUACGCAAGAAUGUUGAUGAGAACUUCACAUCAAGGCAAUUGCUUCUGGGAUCUAUAUGGAUCCUAGUUUCUUUUGAUGUCCUACCAAAAGUUGAACAAAUUUUGAUUUCUACUGCGAUCGGAAUGACAAAGAAAGUUUUCGUUCAUCAAAAUGAACAGAUCACUUGUCCAGGAAGUAAUGUGUCUAUACCUCGACUCAUUUGGCUGCUUGGUCGUUUGCGCAUUCAUCUGAAAAAAUUGUACCACUUGAAAGGUGAAACUAUGAGAGACUUUCUUAAAUUAUCUAUAGAAAGGCCGAAAUUGCUCCCACCCUCUCACUAUUGGAUCCUUCUAGAUUCAAAUGCUCUCCGUCAGCAUAUUCACAACGUACAGAAGAGUGUUUCAAAAUUACAUUUAUUAUUGUCCUGGAGAGAUGUAAACCAUAGAUUUUGGCAAUGGAUUCGUAGUAUUUUAAUUGUUCAUAAAAAUAAUUUGGCUGAAACUCUUCCAAAUAAGUGGGUAUCUGACUGUGCUUGUGAUUUUAUUGAACUUGUUACAAGACUGUGUAGCUCUAUGAGUCAUUUUAAUGUCGAAUACUCUCAUCUUUUGGAUGAUGCUAAGUCAAGUCUGUGUAAAAAUCUUAUACUGAAUGAGAGUUUUAAUUCUACUGAGGAUAUUUUGUCAUGUAUACACAAAGAAUUGCUCAUUCUCACAGAUCUUGUAAUGUGUGCAAAUCUUCCCACUGAUACUGGAUUAAUGCCAUAUAAUUUUCGGUAUAAUAUUGUAAAUGAUGAAAAAGAACCUUUGGAAAAGGAAGAUAAAUUUGGUCUAAACUUCACUUUGGAAGAUGAAUGUGCUAAAUUAAAGUUAAUGGUAGAUAAACUGAAAACAGAAUAUGAAGGCGUCAAAUACAAUUUAGCUCAAGAAUUGCAAAAAGCAGGUGCGGAUAUUUUACCUGGGGCUGUUUUUCUAUAUAAUAACUGA